CUGAAGCUCGGAGCUCUGCUCCGUCGGCAAACGGCACGGCGGCCGGCCCCUGCUCGGCCCUAUGCUGGCACCGGCACCAUCCCCUCUCCAGUCUCGCUCCGCCACGCACCCGUGAGCUCAUCUCAAGUCCUCAGCCAUGCCUCCGCCGCCGCGGCCGCUCGCGGCUGCGCCUGCUCCGGCCUCCUAUUUCCGCCCGCUCCGCCUCACACCCAUCCGGCGCCGCCUCCCCGCCACCCGCGCGGCAGUCUCUACCGCGUCCCACGCCCACGACGCCGUCUUCCUCCGCCGCGCCGCCGACGUGGCCGACCGCUCCGCGGGGCUCACCUCCCCGCACCCCAACUUCGGGUGCGUCAUCGCCAGGCCCCAGCUCGAGACCGACGACCUGGAGGCGUGGGUGGCAGGCGAGGGGUUCCUCUACGCGCAGGGCACGACCUGCGCGGAGCUCCUCGCCGCCCAGGAGGCAGGCGAGCACGCACGCGGCGCCACCGCCUACCUCAACCUCGAGCCGGGCGACUGCUACGGGGACAGCACCGCCGUCUCCUCCCUCGUCCAGGCAGGAAUUACAAGAGUUGUGGUGGGUCUUAGACAUCCCUUGAAGCACUUGAGAGGGAAAGCAAUUCAAUCAUUGCGAAGUGAAGGCAUUCAAGUUGAGGUUGUGGGGGAAGAUCUCCAGAGCAAAUUGUUCGAGGAAGCUCUAACUUCAUGCCUCAUCGUAAAUGCUCCAUUACUUUACCGAGCUGCCUAUCAUGUUCCAUUCUCGGUUCUGAAAUAUGCUAUGACUGCAGAUGGCAAAAUUGCAGCUAGUAGCGGGCACGCAUCUUGGGUAAGCGGCAGAGCAUCCAGAGGCCGAGUAUUUGAAUUGCGUGGAAGAAGUGAUGCUGUUAUAGUUGGUGGAAAUACAGUCCGCCGUGAUGAUCCUCGAUUAACUGCAAGGCAUGUGAAGGGGCAUGUUCCAGUGCGCAUUGUAAUGUCACAAACUUGUGACCUUCCUGAAGAAGCAAAUUUAUGGAAUGUUCAUGAGGCCUAUACAAUAGUUGCAACACAAAGAGGUGCUCGGAGAGAUUUCCAAAAGAAGCUUGCUAUGAAGGGUGUGGAAGUAGUGGAAUUUGACAUGUUAAAUCCUAGAGAUGUUAUGUCAUAUUGUUAUGAUCGUGGUUACCUUUCUGUAUUAUGGGAGUGUGGUGGGACCCUAUCAGCUGCUGCUAUAUCUGCAAGAGUUAUUCACAAGGUGUAUGCAUUCUGUGCUCCAAAAAUAAUUGGUGGAAUAAAUGCUCCAACACCAGUAGGUGAACUGGGGAUGAAUCAAAUGACUCAGGCAAUUGAUUUAAUUGAUGUUUCAUAUGAGCAGAUUGACCGUGACAUGCUCAUGAGUGGAUUCAUCCAACCUAUUCCAGAUCUCUCACCUGUGAUACCAUCUGCGGAUGAAAUACCUUCAGUUGAUCCAGAAGUAUCUCCAUAUGAAACAAGUAUUAUCUCCUUUUACAAGACUUGGGAUACCUUUGGGGCUUUCUCAAACUUUUCUCCUCAUCCACUUCACAUGCCUGACGAACAAGGGCAUUGUUUGACAUGGCUAACAGUGGAGCACUAUUACCAGGCACAUAAGUUUGUUGGUGUUGACAAUCCACAAGCAAGAGACAUCGUGCAAGAAAUAAAGCAGGCAAGGAGUCCUGAAGAAGCUGCUAGAAUAGGAAGGACUCGGCAAAGAGAAUUCCCUGAAUUGGUACGGGUUGAUUGGGAGUCCAUGAAAAUCAACGUGAUGUACAGAGCUCUAAAAUGCAAGUUUUCAAGUUACCCCCACCUGACUGAGAUGCUGCUGUCAACGGCUGGCUCUGUUCUCGUCGAGUCCUCGCCCCAUGAUUUAUUCUGGGGCGGUGGGCGCGAGGGUGAAGGUCUGAACUACCUGGGCAGAUUGCUGAUGCAGUUGAGAUCGGAGAUUCUGGGAACAGUUCGAACAAGCGUUGAGGUAGCAGAUUCUGCUUGACUGACACCAGGCGUGAGGCCUGAUUGCAGAUUCUUGGUAGAGUUAUCUUACACACCAAUUUUUUCUGCGGCAUUGGUAUUAUUAAGAGUUAGUAUGCAUGCUCAUAACUCAAUUCAGUUCACCUCCAGAAACAGUUUCAAAUCUACACCUUAUCAAUUCAUCUCUACCAUUUGUAAGGCUAUAAAGCAAAUUUUACUGAAAGUCAUCCAACACACAAAAGCUUAUUGACA